CGGGCCCGGGCGGCUCCGCGCAGUAGCCCCGCUGGGGAUGCUGCGUCUUGGCUUUGGGCUGCGGCAGGUCGGGGCCGGACCCGGCGCUCCUGUCUCCGCUCGGCUUCCUUCUGGCGCCGAGAUGCCCAAGCGAGCUGGUGCGACGACUAAGGGUAAAGAUCACAGCAAGGGACCGGAGAGAUCACCUCCUCCCGCGGGUCCCGUGGCGGUUGAUGCUAAAGGCUGUGUCACUAUAGCCAUCCAUGCCAAGCCUGGCUCCAGACAGAAUGCCGUGACAGAUUUGACAACUGACGCCGUAAGUGUAGCCAUUGCAGCGCCUCCCUCAGAGGGAGAGGCCAACGCUGAGCUCUGUCGGUAUCUUUGCAAGGUCUUAGGACUCAGGAAGAGUGAUGUGGUUUUGGAUAAGAUUUCCAGAAUUAUGCACCAUACUGAGAAUAGAAAUUUACGGGACUGGUGGAGUGGCUCAGGGGUAGAGCACCUGCCCAGCAAGCAUGAGGGCGGUAAGUCUCGUGAAAAGAUGGUGAAGCUUUUGGCCUCUACAACUCCAGAGGAGAUCUUGGAGAAAUUAAAAAAGGAAGCCGAAAAAAAAUAAAAGCAAGAAAUGAAAAGUACAUCCUCAUGAAGAAGCUGCUAAGUAAGAAAAUAUAUUUAAAUGUACAAAUAAACAGAGGGGAAAUGUGUAUACACACGAGUCAGACUCAAAAAUCACUACAUGAUUGUGAAGUAAAAUGGAAUUCUGGGAACUGCCUUCUCCAGUUCACAGCUGACAAGAAAACCUGUCAUACUGCUUAGUCUUACCUUGUAUUUUAAGGUGCUUAGCUAAGUGUAAUUUUUUUUUACAUCUCUUUAAAACUACAGAGCAUUUUGUGAAAAAGAAAUCAAAGACUUGUAAUUAAUAAUGUUAAUUAUUUUUGAGAAGUCACUGAAUUUUCUUCCUUCUCAGUGUAACUUGGCAAUCUUCAAACCUCCAAAGAUCCUUGGAGGUUUACCUCCAAGAAAGAAUAACCUGGAAACUGGUUUCAGUAUUUGUAAAAGUCUAUCAGAAAUCACACCCAUAGCUGAGAAAGAUAAUAAAUAUAUUUUUUACAUAUUUGGUGCAAGUUAUGGUAAUUUAGUGACUAUCUUAAUUGCCUUUGCUGAUGUGUGUGUGUGCUUUUGUGUAGUAAUUACUUGAUUGUUAAAAGUGAUCAUGUCCGUUUCUAACUGGCACAAAAACGGAUAUUAAAAAUACAAAAUCCAGGAUCAAUGCGGUAACAGC